GGAAGCCCGGCCUGCUGGCUGGCUAGCUAGCUAGCUAGCUAGCUAAUGUCGUGAGCGGGAGGUUCCCGACAGGCCGCCGGCUUCUCACGGCCCCCAAAUCGCGACAGGACGGAUGGUCCGCCGAGCGAAAGGGUGGAGGGUUCAUGAUGCGGGAGACCAUCAGCUGAAGAGGAAGAAAUAAUUUAUCCAGCCAACCGUCUGGGAAGAGUCGCCUGUCAUCAUGGGGGACGGUGGGACUUCGAGCAUCGAGCAGUCACACAUACAUUUUGACCGCUUCAUCCAGGCAACCACGUGCAAGGGCACUUUCAAAGGCUUUCAGGAGCUGUGCGAGACCCUGGACAUCUCCAACCUUGACUUCCCCUACUUCUACACUAAGCUCAAGUCCAAGCUGAAUUACUGGAAAGCGAAGGCACUCUUCGCAAAGCUGGACAAGCGAGGCAGCCACAAGGACUACAAGAAAAACACAGCCUGUGCCAAUAUAAAGUGUCUGGUGAUCGGGGCUGGACCCUGUGGCCUCCGCACAGCCAUCGAGCUGAUGUUCCUCGGAGCCAAAGUUAUCAUCGUGGAAAAGCGCGACACCUUUUCCAGGAAUAAUGUCUUACACCUGUGGCCGUACACGAUCCAGGACCUACGCAACUUAGGGGCCAAGAAAAUCUACGGGAAGUUCUGUGCCGGGGCCAUCGACCACAUAAGUAUCCGCCAGCUCCAACUGGUCUUGUUGAAGAUUGCCUUGAUCUUGGGGACGGAAAUUCAUUUAAACGUGGAAUUCCGUGGGCUUCUACCACCCAGGGGCCUGAAAAACCCAAAUCUGGGCUGGAGAGCAGACAUCGAUCCUCCAAGCAACAAAGUGGCACAGUUUGAGUUUGACGUUGUGAUUGGUGCUGAUGGCCGAAGGAACACUUUAGAAGGCUUUCGGAGGAAGGAGUUCCGUGGGAAGCUCGCCAUUGCCAUCACAGCUAACUUCAUCAACCGCCACACACGGGAGGAGGCCCGCGUUGAGGAAAUCAGUGGCGUGGCCUUCAUCUUCAACCAGAAGUUUUUCCAGGACCUGCGGGAAGCGACAGGUGUGGAUUUGGAAAACAUAGUCUACUACAAAGAUGACACGCACUACUUCGUCAUGACUGCAAAGAAGCAGAGUUUGCUGGAGAAAGGAGUGAUUCUGCAGGAUUUCCAGGACACGGAGAAGCUGCUUUCUCGGAAUAAUGUCAAUCAAGAUGCUCUCCUGAACUACGCCAGGGAGGCAGCUGACUUCUCAACCAAUCACAAGCUGCCACAGCUUGACUUCGCCAUGAAUCACUAUGGCCAACCUGACGUGGCCAUGUUUGAUUUCACCUGCAUGUACGCCUCAGAGAAUGCCUCGCUGGUGCGGGAAGAGAGCGGGAAGCGGUUGCUGGUUAACCUGGUGGGAGACAGCCUGCUAGAGCCCUUCUGGCCAAUGGGAACUGGGAUCGCCCGUGGGUUCCUGGCAGCAUUUGACGCCGCCUGGAUGGUGCGUUCCUUUGCACAGGGGACCCCUCCACUGAGCGUGUUGGCUGAACGGGAGAGCAUUUACAGAUUACUGCCUCAGACUACGCCACAGAAUAUCAGCAAGGACUUCAAUCUGUUCAGCAUCGAUCCCGUUACCCGAUACCCCAAAGUCAAUAUCCAUGUUCUGGAUCCAAAUCAGGUCCGGCAUUUGUACAUCACAGGCGACCAGAAGGUCAUCCCCCCGGCUGAACCUGCAGCAGGUUCAAGGUCGCCACGGACGAAGCAGAGUGACUCUCUGGCCCGAUCCAACAAGUUGCUGGCCUGGUGUCAGAAGCAGACGCAGGGCUACAAGAACGUCAAUGUGGUUGACCUGACGACGUCGUGGAAGAGCGGGCUGGCGCUCUGUGCCAUCCUCCAUCGCUACCGGCCUGACCUGAUAGACUUUCAGCAGCUGAAUGAGAAGAACGUGGAGGCCAAUAAUCAGCUUGCGUUUGACGUUGCGGAGCGGGAGUUUGGGAUCUCUCCCAUCAUGACGGGGAAGGAGAUGGCAUCGGUGGGGGAGCCGGACAAACUGAGCAUGGUGAUGUACCUGCUGCAGUUCUACGAGAUGCUGAAGGACACCACUCCAGAGGAAUAUCUGUUGGGAUUUCAUGACAAGUCCAAUGUUUCCGCUUCCACGAAAUCACCCAUCGCUUUCUUCAGCAGGCUGGGACAGAACAUCACUCGCAAAUGGACACCAAAGGAAGAUGUAGGACGUGAGUCAGUGUCCACGCCGACAGAGAAACAAGAAGAUGUAGGACGUGAGUCAGUGUCCAGGCUGACAGCGAAACAAGGUCUUGCCAGACGGGCAACAAUGAUGAAUCCAACAGGGAGAAAAGAGGAACGGGAUAUGCACCAGAGGGGAAACAUCAAAACCAUAACUGACAAGCUCCUCUCCAAGUCCGAGGUCAAUGUCGGUGGAUUGAAGAGUCAGAGAAGAGACAUGCAGCAGUUGCAAGUUUAUCCCAGGAAGAUUGUAAUGCUUCCCUGGCCAGUCCUGGGUCCACUGCGUUGCAGACAGGUUGAGAGUGAGGCAGCAGACCCACAGCAGGUUGCCGGGCAGAUCCCUGUGGCCCUCCCUGUAGAAUCCCUCAAUGAUCUCCGGCAGAGAAGAGACAUGCAGCAGUUGCAAGUUUAUCCCAGGAAGAUUGUAAUGCUUCCCUGGCCAGUUCUGGGUCCACUGCGUUGCAGACAGGUUGAGGGUGAGGCAGCAGACCCACAGCAGGUUGCCGGGCAGAUCCCUGUGGCCCUCCCUGUAGAAUCCCUCAAUGAUUUCCGGCAGGUUGAGAGUGAGGCAGCAGACACACAGCAGGUUGCCGGGCAGAUCCCUGUGGCCCUCCCUGUAGAAUCCCUCAAUGAUCUCCGGCAGAGGUGCAUCAGCAGGUACACAGGGGGAGUGAGUGGGCUCGCCGAGCAGAUAGCCAGCAAGCUGCAGAGACACACUGAGCCCAAACCCCGUAUAGACAGGAGAGAACUGCAAUCAAUCAGACGGAAGGAGUUUCCCUCAGAGAUCGGGGGUAGUGAUGUUUGCUACUUCUGCGGGAAGCGAGUCUACGUGAUGGAGCGACUGAGCGCCGAAGGGAAGUUCUUCCACCGCGGCUGCUUCAAAUGUGACUACUGCGGUGAAACCCUGCGGCUCUCCACCUAUGCCUACAACCCGGAGAAUGGGAAAUUCUACUGUAAGCCCCAUUACCGACUGGCAGGACGGGAGGCCAGGAAGAGACCGGCAACGCCCCCAGCAGCCGCCCAGGAGAAGGUGUUUGCGCCCCCGCUGCCCACCAUCAGCCCCGACGGACAGCCCAGCCCUAAGGAGCCGCACACCGAGGGAGCCGCAGAGCCUUGGCAGGCGAAGCGACUGCGUGGCACGCCUGAGCGGAUCGAGCUGGAGAACAUCCGUGUGUCCCUGGAGCGGGAGGAGGAUCUGCAGGAAGUGCCUGAAGAGACGCUAGCCGAGCACAACCUGAGCAACGCGCUGCUCCAGACUGGCCAAGAGCCCAGCAGCAGUUGCAGCAGCUCCGAGUAUGAAAUGGAGGAGGACGAGGAGGAGGGUGAGGACGAGGAGGUGGAAGAGGUCCAGGAGGAGGAGGAGGAGGAGAAGGGUAAGGAAGGUGCAGUGGCCCCCUCAGUGGAUGGCCUUCCAUGGGGAAAAGCUGCGGAGAUCCAUCAGAUGCUGAAGGACCGCCCAGAGGAGGACACGGAAGCCGAGAGCGAGGAUGAGCAGAAAUCAGAAUCCAGUUACGAGGGUGAAUACUGCCCCUGGGAGAAGGAGCUCCAGUAUGGGCUCUGGGUACAUCAGCUCUCUAAGGAAGAGGACACCCAUGUGUUCCGAGCCUCGAGCCUGAGGGUGCGGCAGAUCGUCAGCCCCAUUGACCCUCUGGACAUCAAGGCAGAUGUGCACUGGACACACAUUACAGGGCACGGAGGGGUAGGCUCACCAGCGGCCUCUGCCCCAGAAGCCUCCAACGCUCCGCCGUUUCGGAGUGAAGCAGUUCGGGCGUGGUUGGAUUCCCUGACUGGAGAGAAGCAGAUGAACGUGGAGCUGAGCCCAGAUGAAGAGGAGGAGGAGGAGAAUAAUUCGUCACUGGAGGACGAUAUUGCGUCUGAUGCUGAGGCAGAGAGCAAUUUGGUCUCAUAUACACAUGAGCUGGAGCAAUUAGUGCGGAAAAAAGAAGAGGCUUGUGGCGAGGUUCGAAGUCCAGAUGGAUACAUACCCACCCACCCAGUGCUUUCAAGAAGCAAUACAGAUCCUCAGGUCAGCAAGCUCAACUCCAUAGUGGAGCCGUAUUGCUCUGAAAGGAGAGAAGAACAGUCAUCAAAACUCGCCAGCUCUCUUUCCAACCUCUCUCCAGUGCGACUACAGCCUCUGUUCUUUCCAGAACUGACCUCACCCUGUUCGCCAGUGAGAUCUCAGCCAGCAGCCACCCCUGCAGCACAAAGUCCAGCCACUCCAGCCAUCUGCUGUCAGCCGCUAAUGUCUCCUGAAGCAGCCAGUCCCAUCACCGCCCAGUCACCGGUGAAAUCCCAGCCAGUCCCCACAAUUCUAACGUCCACCCCCAUAGCAGAACCGGGCAGAGACAAGAAGAGCAGUGCAACAAGUCCAGUGCAGGGGGAAGAGAAGCCGGCUGCAAAGGACCCAGUGGGUGAAUUCUGGUUGAGGAGCUCGGAGAUGAGGAAGAGUCUCAGAGUCGGUGCCCCGGAGCGAACCAGCGGUUCAGAGACCAGCUUCACGCUGUCCACCACAGGAUCUGCCUCUCCCCAGUCCUUCACGCCAGAGGAGCUGUUCGAGGAACACCCAGCCAGUUCUCCUCCACCCUCCAGGGCACCAAGCAUACCUUCAGUUGAGGAGCAGGUAGUGCCAUCCCUCACCCCAAGCCCCUCCGCAGUGAUAGAACCCAAGAGUUCAUUCAGCGGCCAGAGAGACUUGACCAGCACCUCCGGCCUGGGCCUGAAUGGGAGCUUGAGCAACACCAGGACAGCCGCCAGUGAGAGCUUCAACAACUCGGACACCAUGCUGACCCCUCCCUCCAGCCCACCUCCCCCGCCCCCUGCCAACGAAGAACCAGCCACCCUACGCCGGAGGAAGCCCCGUGACACGAAGAAGCGUCCAGCUGAGCAGGGCUUCGCCCAGGAGUCGCCAGGCCAGCAAGAGUCCACCCCUGCGCCGGGAAGUGUCCGGAAGUCAUUGGCAGAGAGCAUUGAUGAGAUCCCGUUUGCAGAUGACGUAGAGGACACCUUCGAUGAGAGGACGCCUGAGACCAGCCUCCAGGACACUCUCGGGCAGGAGAGACCUGCCAGGCUGCAUCCGAUCCAAAGCAUGAAGGUCGGAGAGGCCGUGCCCACAGCUGCCAAGCGUCGGCCACUGACCGAGAUCUCCCCUGAGGCCAAGGAAGUGGCCAAGGAAAGGAUGAAGGCUCGGGAAAAGUCAGUCAAGAGCCAGGCCCUCCGGGAUGCCAUGGCGAGGGAGCUGAGGAAGAUGAAAGAGAUGGAGGCGGUGGAAGAAGCCUCAGCCCGCCCCCAGAGAGCUCAGGACACUGGCACCGAGAGUGCGCCCCUCUCCUCUGCCGGGUUAAUCAAUGGCCACGAGCAACAGGAGGCAGUGGUCGACAGCCUGCCAUGCCCGGUGCUGGUGCCAGCGCCAGCGCUGGACGGUAGCCACGAGGGCUCAGUGGCCUCCUCUGAGAGCUCAAGUGGCAAGACCAAGAAGAGGGCCUCCCUGUUCUCACCUCGGAAGAGCAAGAAGGAGAAGAAGUCAAAGGCCGAGAACAGCCUGACCGAAGAACUCACCAAGCCCAGGUCCAUCUGGAGGUCCGUCUUCUCCAGCUACAGGAAGGACAGGAAGAAAAAGGAGGAGAAGGCUUGCCUGGGCUCUCCCUCCAACAGUAACACCACCAACUCCGGCACCAAGCGCAGCACUGACAUCCUGCGCACUGCAGUCGAACUUCAGCUUCGUCAACACCUCAGUUUUUCAGAAGACUCAGACCUGUCCAGUGACGAUAUACUCGAGAGGACCUCACAGCGCUCCAGGCGAGAGAAACCCUACACCGAGGAGGAACUCAACUCCAAGCUGACUCGGAGGGUCCAAAAGGCAGCCCGGAGACAGGCCAAGCAGGAAGAGUUGAAGAGGCUACACAGAGCGCAGAUCAUUCAACGACAGCUCGAGCAGGUGGAGGAGAAGCAAAGGCAGCUGGAGGAGAGAGGAGUGGCUGUGGAGAAAGCUCUCCGUGGAGAAGCAGACUAUUGGGGAGAGUCUAGUUACAGUGAAAUCCUCGACUUGCAUCUGGGUGUUGAGGCCCUUGUUGGAGCUCCGCGGCGAAGACCUCUUUCCUUCUGCCACUGCUGCACCCACGACAGAGGAAUGGGCAAAAAGGAUGACCCUCGCCUGAUGCAGGAGUGGUUUAAAUUGGUGCAGGAGAAGAACAGGCUGGUACGCUAUGAGUCAGAGUUGAUGAUCUUUGCCCGUGAGCUGGAGCUCGAGGAUUGUCAGAGCAGGUUACAGCAGGAACUCCGGGAGCGCAUGGCCAUUGAUGACAAUCUGAAGAACAGCGAGGAGUUGUUGGAGGAGAGGCGGAUCCUGAACGAGAUGCUGGAGGUGGUGGAGCAGCGAGACGCACUGGUGGCGCUGCUUGAAGAACAGCGGCUCCGCGAGAAGGAGGAAGACAAGGACUUGGAGGCUGUCAUGCUGAGCAAGAGCUACAACUUGAACUGGUCAUAGAUGGCCCACCUGCAGCUGCAGACGCAGAAAGCCCGGGCACAGCAUCAACAGUGGUCAGAAGGGGUGGCAAGAGGUUGUCCUGUGGGUGGCUGGUGGAGCAGAUUCCCACUGUGGUGGACACUGCAGAAUAGUGGUUGUGCUGCAUGCCAAUGUGUCAGCCACACACACAUACACGUCCCCACCUGAACUGAGAGCAGCUUCAGCCGAUCCCGAUCAGAUACUGGCCAGCUCUCGAAUACUCUGGACAAUAGUGGAGAGGUGCUCAGAGGGCAGGAGACACAACCGGUUUGCACGAGUUAUGGGGCCACUAGCUCAUUUCAACAGAUUCAUAAGAACUUAAUUACUUUUGAUGGAACUGUAGAACUGGCAAGCACAGGACGUGAACCCUAUAGUAAGUAUAGACCCUGCUCGUUCUGCAGAUCCUUCUCUUAUGCAAGGCAGUAAUAGAUACCCCGCACCUUGAGAUGGAGGCAUGCUUUCCAUCUUUUCACUGUCCAGUUCUCCAGACCAGUGGUGCCACUGCCCUGUGACACCAAGUCCAACCAGAGGUAUCAUCAGGGUCUUUUGUAGCUUCCUGCCACUGAUCUUGGAGCUCAGAGUGCUUAGCGCAGAGUGACCCCACCUCCAUCUGUUGCUGUAGGCACCAGUUACCUUUUCUUUGGGAAAGCUGGGCUCUGCAUGAUACAGCAGAAACCAUUCAAAUGCCACGGCAUGAACAGAAUGAGAUGGUGAUGCACUUAAAGGAGUCCAGUGACUUCCCACCAUUAAAAAACACUCAGCAGCUCAUUUCUUUUUCCUACCUUUUCACUUACAUGCUCUACCUUGUCAUCGGUUCACUUGGACAUUGCAUCCCCUAAAGCUCCUCAUUAUCUCUCACAUAUCUCAGUUGAACAAACACAUAAUAGCCCAUUCUAGUAGGGGAGUCAUUAAAAAUCCCAACAGUACUCAAAAAUGUGGAGUUGUCUACCGUGGGGGUGUUAGAAGGAAAUGGUACAGUGAUAUUUAAGAGGAGGCCGGAUAGGCAUUUCAGGGAGAGGGGAAUAGAGGUUCACCUGGAUCGGUCUAGAUCAGUGUAGGUGGAUGGGGUGGAACAAAGUGGCAGCGUAGCCAGUUGGUUUUGGUUUAUUAUUGUCACGUGUACUGAUAUACGGUGAAAAGCUUUUGUUUUGCGCGUUACCAGACAGACCAUUCCCUUCAUUAGUACUUCAAGGCAGAAUAUAAUGUUACAGUUCCAGAUAAUGUGUAGUGCAGUUAGACAUUGAAGUGCAAGGGCUACAACGAGGUAGGCUGGGAGUUUCAGUGUGUGAGAGAUUCGUUGAAGAGUCUGGUAACAUCUAUCCUAUCUUAUGACAGGAGAGAAAGGCCUGUUCCUGUCCCAUAUCUCCAAAAUAAAGAUACCCAUCAUUUCACACACGCCAGUGACGUGGCUGGCUGCUAUUCCUUCGCAUGCAUAUGUGUGUGCCAGCACCCAUCCUAAUCCAUUGCCACAUCACCAUCACAUAUUGUAUUUGGACACUCCCUUCAGCAGUGUGGAAAUAAAUUUAAAAGCUACCUUUCUCUAAUGUGACCAGAACUGCACACAGUACUUUAACUGUGGCUUAGCUAGCAUUUUAUACGUUUCUCACAUGAUCUCUCCAUAAGACUGUAAAACCCACCAAGUCUGCUCACCAUUUGAACAUGGCUGAUUUAUUAUUCCUCUCAAUCCAUUCUCCUGCCUUCUCCCGGUAACCUUUGAUGCCCUUUCUAAUCAAGAACCUAUCAACCUCCACUUUAAGUAUACCCAGUGGACUUGGCUCCACAGCUAUCUGGGGUAAUGAAUUCCACAUCCGGCUAAAGAAAUUCCUCCUCAUCUCUUCUAAAAGGAUGUCCUCGGGCUCUGCUUGACUCUCCCACUAUUGGAAGCAUCACCCACUGGAGCUUCCUCUGCUCUUAUAUUCUCUGAUUCGACUAAUAAAAGCAAGUAUCCCUAAUGUCCUAAAAACCAUUAUCUACCUACGCUGGGACAUUCUGAUCCUGUGGAAUAUGCACUCCAAAGCCUCUGCUGGUCUACAUUUCCCAGUAUCCUGCCAAUUUUUAGUGUCUGCCCUCCCCACAUGCACGAUGUUGCUCUUCUGCAAGUUACAUUAUCUGUCUGGCCACUGUUAGCCACAAAUUCUUACAUUAUCUGCAAUCUAUUUGUCAUAACUCCCAGAGUUAACUCCCUAUCGAUGAUGUGCACUGUGAAACACCAGCAUCAAGCCCUUUUGAAACCCCUCUGUAAACAUCCAUCCAUCCUAUCAAUACCCUUCGCUUUUUCCCGCACAGGAGAGACAAUUGGCACUCUCACUUAAAUCCCAUGGGCUUUUAGUUUCUUGCCAUGGAAUUGAUCUUGUCAGAAGUCUUAUGCUACUAUAGAUCCACUCCUUGAUACCUCCACAAAAAAGUCUAAUUUGUCCGUAUCCAACCUUGGCUGACAAUUUCAUGUUGAUUAUCCUUGACUAAAUCUUCCCUGAAUAUUUCCAUAGACCAUAAGAUGUAGGAGCAGAAUCAGGCUGUUUGGCCCAUCAUGUCUGCUCUGCCAUUUCAUUAUGACUGAUCCAUUUUCCUCUCAGCCACAAUCCCCUGCCUUCUCUCCGUAACCCUUCAUGCCCUGACUAAUCAAGAAUCUAUCAGCCUCUGCCUUUAAUAUACCUAAUGAUCUGGCCUCCACAGUGGCCUGUGGCAAUCAGUUCCACAGAUUCACCACUCUCUGGCUGGAGAAAUUUCUCCUCAUCUCCAUUCCAAAUGGACGUCCCUCUAUUCUGAGGCUCUGCCCUCUAGCACCGUAGAAAAUAUCCUCUCCACAUCCACCCUACCGAGGCCUUACAACAUUCAGUAGGUUUCUGUAAGAUUUCCACCCCCCCCCCAAUUCUUCUGAAUUCUGGGAAUGACAGGCACAGAGCCAUCAAUCAGUCCUCAUGGUAACCCUUUCAUUCCCAGAAUCAUUCUCAAGAACCUCCUCUGACCCUGUCCAAUGUCAGCACAUCCUUUCAUAGAUAAAGGGCCCAAAGCUGCUGACAAGUGAUUUCUCCGUACUGGUCUUAGGCUGACUAACCUGUAGUAACUGGCUGUUGACCCUGCUCCCUUUAUCAAAAAUGAGACCACUUUGACAGACUUUCAGUCCUUUGGCAGCCUCUACCUGGAUAGGGGAAUGUUUACAUGUCAGGGAGUAUCUCCCUCUUUGGGCAGUUACUGUACCCCAUGCGACUCCCAACCCUUAAACAGGCACACUUCCUUCCCCAACGCACUCCAGUCACCUGGCAACACUCCUUUCAGCUCCAAGCAGUGGACCCUGUCCCUACGUCCUACUUUUCUCCCUUCUGACAUACCACUGCCCUCCACCCAUUACCUUUCCCUCUGCAGCCUUUUCCAGCUGUUCUGCAUUCCUCCCACCAUGAUCCUGAGUGCAAACCCACCAGCCACAUACUCCUGCCCACUAUUCCAGCUUUAUGGUAUCACUCCUACAAACCAGUCACUGCCCAUCCCUAGUUGCGCUGAAGGUGGUGUAGUGAAUCUGCUUCCCGUUUAAGGAACUCCCAUGGUGCUAUUAGGAGGGAAUUAUGGUGGCAAUACCACUCCAAGUCUGGAGGGGACCUGCAGAGUGACACAGUGUCUGCUCCAACCCUCUCAGCAAUUCUAUUAGUUUUCCUCCACUGUAGGACAUGAAACAUCACUGGGCUGAUGGUAUUUCCAUGCCUCUGCUGCCCUUUCUGCAGUUAGGAGUGAGAAGUUCUGUUACAGAAGCCUUGGUAAGGAACUGCUGUACAUUUAGUUGAUAGCACUUGUCUCAACAUCUCCUGAAUUAGUGGAGGACAGCCAGUAAUUUAAACUUACAGGCAAUUGGACUUUAUUGCAUUGGUGGUAGAGGGAGUGAAUGUUUAGGGUGGUGGACGAGUUUCAUCCUGAACGUUGCCGACUUGGAAAUGCACUCAUCCAGCAGAUGGAAGGUAUUCCAUCCCACUCCUGAUGUGCCUAACAGAUGGAGAAGACGGCUUUGGGAGUCAGGAAAUGAACCAUUCCCAGCAGGAUACACAGCCUCUCAGAGACACAAUAUUCACGUAUGCGGUCCGAUUACAUUUCUGGUGAUUGGAGAUGCCCAGGGUGUUGACAGUGGAUGAUUGGACAAUGGUAAUGCAACAAGGUGUAAAGAGGAGGGCCUCACUUGUUAAAGGUAAUCAUUAUCUGGCACGUGAGGUGAAAGUGUACUCGGCACUUACCAGCCUGUGCCUGAAUAUAGUCCAGGUCUUGCUGCAUGUGGACAUGGAUUGCUUUAUUACCUAAAGAGUUGCAAAUAGAACUGAACACUGUGUGCAUGGUUUCUGCAUCUGCGUGCGUGCGUGCGUGUAUGUGUGUGUGUGUCUGGGUGAGAGUGUGUUUAUUUCAUUGUAUUUCAGCAAUCUUACAAUGCGGUCAGGGUUACAGCAGUGUUGAACCUGUGGUUUAACACAGUAUUAUGUACAGAUGAGUGUGCGUGUAAUAGUACACAGAGGUGUGCAAAUAUAUUUAAGAAUGAAAUCCUGUGGAAUGCUGAGGAAUGUAAUUAUGAAGGUCAGGUUUGAAAACUGUGUCUGUGACUUUGUGGCUGCACUCAAACUGGAGUCUAAAUCAGAUGGAGAGUAAGAGAAAUCCAGGAACUGGAUAGGAGCCCCCACCUACUGGUAGCCUCUCUGCGAGAGCAUUUAUAGGCCUGAUCGGUCUGUGAAUCAGAUCAGUUCCCAAUGGGAACGUGAUAAAAUGUGAUUGUACAGGGUGCUUCAUACACUUAAAAUACAUUCAGUUGAUUCAGUUUUCUGCGCGGUGCCCUCACUGAGAUUAAUUUGCUGCCUCAGGCUUGCUCGUGCAGUUAGAGAGUUGUACAGCACAGAAACAAGCCCUUCAGCCCAUUGAGUAAGGGUCUAGCUAUCCAGUUCAAUUAAUCCCACUCUUAAUUCUCCCCACAUCCCCAUCAACUCCCCCUAGAUUCUACCACUCACCCACACGCUGGGGUGAUUUCCAAUGGCCGAUAAACCUACCACCCUGCAUGUCUUUCGGUUGUGAGAGGAAACUGGAGUACCUGGAAGAAACUCGCGUGGGGAGAGCAUGCAAACUCCACACAGACAGCAUCCAAAGUCAAGAUUGAACCCAGGUCUCUGGAGCUACGGGGCAGUGGCUCUAGUGGAUGCACCAUUGUGCCACUCCUCUUUUAACACUUCAAAAUAAUUUUUUAAAUUGCACAAUUUUUUUAAAGAAUGUAACUCUUCCUUUCUUUGCCUCAGCUUUCCAAUCCCUAUCAAACUCCAUCGGGACAGAAUUCCCCACAGGAUGUGACAGUCGGUUACCCAGCAUAAAUACUGGAGUCCUUAGUAAGGAGAGCUCCAACAACUGUUGCUGAGUAAGUCAGAACUACAAAGGGUCUGGGGAUCCCAGUCUAACCAGCUGUGGAACUCUAACCCGUCAACCCCACAGCCAGUGUUGUGGAUAUAUCAUUCACAUCUAGUUGCAGUACGAAGGGUGUUGUUCAUAGACACAAGUCAAUGGAUCUGUGAUCAUUGAACCUGUUGUUACCCUGCAGGCAUGCUCACUGUACUGGGGUCACCUAGAGACUGCCCCUGACCUCUGCCCCUCCCAUCUAUCUGUCUCUGUCACUACCUCUGUCUCCCUCUUCUCAAUGCCAUACUCUAUGUACAAUGUGAAACCACUCAACCUCACUCAGUACUCUCCCCGUUUUUCUUCAAUCCCAUGUUUUAAACACCCUCAGUCUCAUUCAUCUCCUCUUCCUAAAUAUAGUCUCUGUCAUCUCAUUGCACUGCAGUCUCUAGCUCUCACAAAUCCACAGUAUCCUCUCUUUAACCCAUUCCAUUCUGCACUGUUUUCUCCUCCCCCCUUUCCUCCCCCUUCCCCCCUUUCCUCCCCCUUCCCCCCUUCCCCCCUUCCCCUUCCCCCUUCCCCCUUCCCCCUUCCCCCUUCCCCCUUCC